UUUAAAAAUCAAAAAAGAUUUCAUCUUUCUUUUUGUUCUCUGCUAGUUCUUUUUUUUUUCUUAAGAAAACUGUAAAAAAGAAAAGCAACCAAAACCUUACCCUUUUUUCUAUAGUUUCCUAAUUACCUGGCUUUCCUUUUUGGGUUUCUUCCUGGUUCUUGCUUUUUUCCAGUGGCAGCUUGUUUAUGAAUUUAUCUCAUCUUCAAAGUAAAUUUUUUAUUGUUUGUUGGACCUUUGAGUGUAAAAAGGAAUGAUUUUUAAAGUUUUUUUUUUAGCUGUAAUUAAGGCACUGCCAACCUUGGAAUUAUGAUUUUUUUUCUCUUUCUGUUUGCAUUUAUAAAAUCCUUUGAAUCAGACCCAUAAUAAUAAAGCUGUAACAGCCACCCUAAAAACUGAGGUUUCUUGCUCCUAAAGGCCAAAAAAACGAGAUAAAUACACACAAUCAGUUAAAGAAGCUUGCUAUUUAUAACAUUUGUCAAGGAUCUGUGUUUUUCAUAGCUUGUAAGCAAUGUCAAGUGAGAAGCAAGCAGAGGAAGCCAUUGUUUCAAGCUUAAAUGAAACUAUGGAGCAUGAAGAAGAAGAUCAAGGAGAUAAUUCCGUUUUUAGUGUUAAGAGUCUUCUUUGGCAUGGUGGUUCAGUUUAUGAUGCUUGGUUCAGUUGUGCUUCAAAUCAGGUGGCUCAAGUUCUAUUAACACUACCAUACUCUUUCUCUCAAAUGGGAAUGCUUUCAGGGAUUAUCUUACAAGUUUUUUAUGGUGUUCUUGGUAGCUGGACUGCUUAUCUCAUAAGUGUUUUAUAUAUUGAGUAUAGAACCAGAAAAGAAAAAGAGAAUGUCAGCUUCAAGAACCAUGUCAUACAGUGGUUUGAAGUGUUGGAUGGUUUAUUAGGACCUUAUUGGAAAGCUAUUGGAUUAGCGUUUAACUGCACUUUUCUCCUAUUCGGUUCUGUCAUUCAGCUUAUAGCUUGUGCAAGCAACAUAUAUUACAUAAAUGACAAGCUAGAUAAGAGGACAUGGACAUAUAUCUUUGGAGCUUGUUGUGCUACAACAGUGUUCAUCCCUUCAUUUCAUAACUACAGAAUCUGGUCCUUUUUGGGACUUGGGAUGACUACUUAUACUGCAUGGUAUUUAACCAUAGCAGCUCUUGUUCAUGGCCAGGUGGAAGGUGUAACUCAUCAAGGUCCAACCAAAUUGGUUUUGUACUUCACUGGUGCCACCAAUAUCUUGUAUACUUUCGGCGGACAUGCUGUCACAGUUGAAAUUAUGCAUGCUAUGUGGAAACCUCAAAAGUUCAAGUACAUAUACCUAUUGGCCACAUUAUAUGUGUUCACCCUAACCAUCCCGUCCGCCUCCGCUGUCUAUUGGGCUUUUGGUGAUCAACUCCUCAACCAUUCCAAUGCCUUUUCACUCCUCCCGCACUCGGCGUGGCGUGAUGCAGCGGUUAUCCUAAUGUUAAUCCAUCAGUUUAUUACCUUCGGGUUCGCUUGCACGCCGUUGUACUUUGUGUGGGAGAAAGUAGUGGGGAUGCACGACACAAAAAGCAUUUGUUUGAGGGCCGUAUCUCGGUUACCUGUGGUGAUACCUAUAUGGUUCUUGGCUAUCAUAUUUCCAUUCUUCGGUCCUAUUAACUCGGCUGUAGGGUCGCUCUUGGUUAGCUUCACUGUCUACAUCAUCCCUGCUUUAGCUCAUAUGCUCACUUAUAAAUCGGCCUCUGCAAGAAAGAAUGCAGCUGAGAAACUUCCUUGCUUCCUCCCAAGCUGGACAGCAAUCUAUGCGGUGAACACGGCUAUCGUAAUAUGGGUUUUCGUAGUCGGAUUCGGAUUAGGAGGUUGGGCUAGCAUGACGAAUUUCAUCAAACAAGUAGAUACGUUCGGAUUAUUCGCCAAGUGCUACCAAUGUCCACCUUCACCAUCAUCAAAACAUCACUGAUAUAAGUACUCCAAUUUGAAACUCGAACCCCUUUUUUGUAGCACCGGCGUCACCGGAGUCCAGUAUAUUUCAGUGUGUUGUAGUUUCUUCUCGGUUUGUUCUACAUUGUUCUACAAGUAAUCAAUGAUUGUGAAAGGGUUUGAUAGUAUUCCCUAUAUAUAUAUAUAUUGUUCUAUGGAGGCAAAAAAGUAAUCUUUUUUCAAGCUGGAAUUUUCUUCA